UUUUUUUUUUUUUAAAUAUGUACUUGUGAUUUUCAGACACAGAGUGCUACUUUAAACGGCCACCUUGCUUACAUGGACAGGCUAUAAACACAGAGGCACAUCUGUGGGACAGCCGGGUAGCGCUCUUCCUGCCAUCCCUGCUAGGUAGCAUAUUCCAAGGCCCCUGCAAGAGCACACUGGCCUCUGCCAACUCAGUUGUGAGCUGCCCUCCCCAUGCCCCUAACCUGCCUCUGCCCUGUCCCACCCCUAGCCAGGACCAAAGAAGCACUCUGUUCUUUGCAGCAUUCUGCAACCUCUUUCCUUCCUUCUUACGUGCUUUUUGUUUUUUAAAGAAAUGCUUUCUUCUUAUUUGAUUAAGAAACUAAAGUGUAUCUUUCUGAGGUUGCAAAGGGUGAACAGCUCGGUGGGUGAUUUCUUUCACAUGGAGUUAUGUUCACCUUGAUCGUCGAAGGCAUUGUCUGGGCUCUGUUAAUCUGUGGUGCCGCAGUGGCUCUUUUUAUCAGGUUAAGGCAUUACUGAACGGGAGGCCCGCACAGUUUAAGACAACUGACAUGAGACUCGUGACAAAGUAGAGGGAAGCAUCCCCAUAAGGAGGAGGCGACAUGAUGGGUAACCCAUCUCACACCAUCCUCAACCUGACCAGUGUCUUCUCCUCGGGACUGAAAGGGUAAAACUCAGAAACUCUUCUUCCUAGAGAGAGAGGAAAAACAAGUCCCUUGAAAGAGUACCAAUCCCUUUUCUUCCCAGAAUCCUCCUCAGCGUUGCUCCUUAAUACAGACCCUUGGGCUUAAUUGUAGAGGGAGAAGAGAGUCAAUCAACUGGGGGAUUCUCUUUUAUUCCUUCUUAGUUCUAGGAAGCUGGGGAUAAAACCUGGGUCCUUGCAUAUACCAGAAAGUGUUCUAUCAUAUUGAGUUACGCCCCACUCUCUAUUACAAUUUGUGGCAUCCUGAUUCCCAGGCAUAGCCCAGCUAAUUAUAUGAGUCCCCGCCCCAGAAUCGGAAAUAUCAGCAUUUAACAUGCUACAGUUUAUAACACGUGCACACGUGUGUGUGUGUGUGUGUGUGUGUGUGUGUGUGUGUAUGAAAAGCUAUUCAGGAAACUUCAAUAUGCAGCCAAGUCUGAGGCCCAGUGGGCUAGCCCGACAAGCAGAGGGAAGAAUUAGCCCAGUACCUGACAUGCAGAUGAAGCUGGACUCUCCCAAAGGACACUUGAAUACAGUUGUUGCAAAGAGAUGAAAAGGAAGAAAGAGAAAGGAAGGCAGAUAAAGUUUCAGGCUUACUCUCUUUGUCUAAGUCAACUGGAGUCUCCACCCACUCACCAGUGGGUGACCCAGGCUUCUGCUCCCAGGUCCCCAGGGCCUGAAGACUGGGUGGGGCACAUUGACUGCAAGAAACUCCUAGAGCAGUGGCUCCACAACCCCAGGCGUGGGCCGUGAACCCCCUGCCUCCCCCUCCCGCGCCUUGAAGGCGGUGGCUGCCGGUGGAAAGCAAUUUGGGGUGCAUAAGGAAGCGGGCUGGAGCGCAGGUGGCGCUCGCAGCCCCAGCCCCUGUUGAGCCAAUCGCGAGCGCAAGCGCAGCCUGCUGGCAGCUUUACGGAGCUCCCGACUCAGGCGGGGAGCCUACUAGGCGAAGGCGGCGCAGGAGAGAGCUGAGCGCAGGCUGCUCUGAGCACUGCCAAGGGCCAGGCUGCUAAGAAUGGGCAAGAAGUGGAGGGAUGCGGGCGAGCUGGAGAGAGGUUGCUCUGACCGCGAGGACAGCGCAGAGAGCCGCAGGCGCAGCCGCAGCGCCAGCCGGGGCAGGUUUGCCGAGUCGUGGAAAAGGUUAAGUUCCAAGCAGGGGUCCACCAAGCGCUCGGGACUGCCGGCACAGCAGACACCGGCUCAGAAAUCCUGGAUUGAAAGAGCAUUUUAUAAAAGAGAAUGUGUUCACAUCAUACCGAGCACCAAAGACCCCCAUAGGUGUUGCUGUGGACGCCUCAUAGGCCAGCAUGUUGGACUCACUCCCAGUAUCUCUGUGCUUCAGAAUGAGAAAAAUGAGAGUCGCCUCUCCCGAAAUGACAUCCAGUCUGAGAAGUGGUCUAUCAGCAAACACACUCAGCUCAGCCCAACAGACGCUUUUGGGACCAUUGAGUUCCAAGGAGGUGGCCAUUCCAACAAAGCUAUGUAUGUCCGAGUAUCUUUUGAUACGAAACCUGAUCUCUUGCUACACCUGAUGACCAAGGAAUGGCAACUGGAGCUUCCCAAACUUCUCAUCUCCGUGCACGGAGGGCUGCAGAACUUUGAACUCCAGCCCAAACUCAAGCAAGUCUUCGGGAAGGGGCUCAUCAAAGCAGCCAUGACAACUGGAGCCUGGAUCUUCACUGGAGGGGUCAACACAGGUGUCAUUCGUCAUGUUGGAGAUGCCUUGAAAGACCAUGCAUCUAAGUCUCGAGGGAAGAUAUGUACCAUAGGUAUCGCCCCCUGGGGAAUUGUGGAAAACCAGGAAGACCUGAUUGGAAGAGAUGUAGUCCGACCAUACCAGACCAUGUCCAAUCCUAUGAGCAAGCUCACCGUUCUCAAUAGCAUGCACUCCCACUUCAUCCUGGCUGACAAUGGGACCACGGGGAAAUACGGAGCAGAGGUGAAACUCCGCAGACAACUGGAAAAGCACAUUUCACUCCAGAAGAUAAACACAAGAUGCCUGCCGUUUUUCUCUCUUGACUCCCGCUUGUUUUAUUCAUUUUGGGGUAGUUGCCAAUUAGACCCAAUUGGAAUCGGUCAAGGGGUUCCAGUGGUGGCUCUCAUCGUGGAAGGAGGACCCAAUGUGAUCUCAAUUGUUUUGGAAUACCUUCGAGACACCCCUCCUGUACCAGUCGUGGUCUGUGAUGGGAGUGGACGGGCAUCCGACAUCCUGGCAUUUGGGCAUAAAUAUUCAGAAGAAGGCGGACUUAUCAAUGAAUCUUUGAGGGACCAGCUGUUGGUGACAAUACAGAAGACCUUCACGUACACUCGAACCCAAGCUCAGCACCUGUUCAUCAUCCUCAUGGAAUGCAUGAAGAAGAAGGAACUGAUCACAGUGUUUCGAAUGGGGUCAGAAGGCCACCAGGACAUUGAUUUAGCUAUCCUGACAGCAUUACUCAAAGGUGCCAAUGCAUCCGCCCCAGACCAACUGAGCUUAGCUUUAGCCUGGAACAGAGUUGACAUCGCUCGCAGCCAGAUCUUUAUUUACGGGCAGCAGUGGCCGGUAGGGUCCCUGGAGCAAGCCAUGCUGGAUGCCCUAGUCCUGGACAGAGUGGAUUUUGUGAAAUUACUCAUAGAAAAUGGAGUAAGCAUGCACCGUUUUCUCACCAUCUCCAGACUAGAGGAACUGUACAAUACGAGACAUGGGCCCUCAAAUACAUUGUACCACUUGGUCAGGGAUGUCAAAAAGCGAGAGUAUCCAGGUUUCGGUUGGAUCUAUUUUAAGGGAAACCUGCCCCCGGACUACAGAAUCAGCCUGAUAGACAUUGGCCUGGUGAUCGAGUACCUGAUGGGCGGGGCUUACCGCUGCAACUACACGCGCAAGCGCUUUCGGACCCUCUACCACAAUCUCUUUGGCCCCAAAAGGCCCAAAGCCUUGAAACUGCUGGGAAUGGAGGAUGAUAUUCCCUUGAGGAGAGGACGGAAGACAACUAAGAAGCGUGAGGAAGAGGUGGACAUCGACUUGGAUGAUCCUGAGAUCAACCACUUUCCAUUCCCCUUCCAUGAGCUGAUGGUGUGGGCCGUCCUCAUGAAGAGACAAAAGAUGGCCCUGUUCUUCUGGCAACACGGAGAGGAGGCCAUGGCCAAAGCCCUGGUGGCCUGCAAGCUCUGCAAGGCCAUGGCUCACGAGGCUUCUGAGAAUGACAUGGUCGAUGACAUUUCCCAGGAGCUGAACCACAACUCCAGGGACUUUGGCCAGCUGGCUGUGGAGCUCCUGGACCAGUCCUACAAACAGGAUGAGCAGCUGGCCAUGAAGCUGCUGACGUAUGAGCUGAAGAACUGGAGUAAUGCCACAUGCCUGCAGCUGGCUGUGGCUGCCAAGCACCGUGACUUCAUUGCACACACGUGCAGCCAGAUGUUACUUACUGACAUGUGGAUGGGACGGCUCCGGAUGAGAAAGAACUCAGGCCUCAAGGUAAUUCUGGGAAUUCUACUUCCUCCUUCAAUUCUCAGCUUGGAGUUCAAGAACAAAGAUGACAUGCCCUAUAUGACUCAGGCCCAGGAGAUUCAUCUCCAAGAGAAGGAGCCGGAGGAGCCAGAGAAGCCCACAAAGGAAAAAGAUGAAGAGGACAUGGAGCUAACAGCAAUGUUGGGGCGAAGCAAUGGGGAAUCAUCCAGAAAGAAAGAUGAAGAAGAAGUUCAAAGCAGGCACCGGCUAAUCCCCGUGGGCCGAAAAAUCUAUGAGUUCUACAACGCACCCAUCGUGAAGUUCUGGUUCUACACUCUGGCGUAUAUUGGAUACCUGAUGCUCUUCAACUACAUCGUGUUAGUGAAGAUGGAGCGCUGGCCUUCCACUCAGGAAUGGAUUGUCAUCUCCUACAUUUUCACUCUGGGAAUAGAGAAGAUGAGAGAGAUCCUGAUGUCGGAGCCGGGCAAGCUGCUGCAGAAGGUGAAGGUGUGGCUUCAGGAGUACUGGAACGUCACAGACCUCAUCGCCAUCCUUCUCUUCUCGGUGGGAAUGAUCCUUCGUCUUCAAGAUCAGCCCUUCAGGAGUGACGGGAGGGUCAUCUACUGUGUGAACAUCAUUUAUUGGUAUAUCCGUUUGCUGGACAUCUUCGGCGUGAACAAGUAUCUGGGCCCAUAUGUGAUGAUGAUUGGGAAAAUGAUGAUAGACAUGAUGUACUUUGUCAUCAUUAUGCUGGUGGUGCUGAUGAGCUUUGGGGUCGCCAGGCAAGCCAUUCUCUUUCCCAAUGAGGAGCCAUCUUGGAAACUGGCCAAGAAUAUCUUCUACAUGCCUUAUUGGAUGAUUUAUGGGGAAGUGUUUGCUGACCAGAUAGACCGUAAGCAAGUUUAUGAUUCUCAUACACCAAAGUCAGCUCCCUGUGGACAGAAUGAGACCCGAGAGGAUGGCAAGACAAUCCAGCUGCCCCCAUGCAAGACAGGAGCAUGGAUUGUCCCGGCCAUCAUGGCCUGCUACCUCUUGGUGGCGAACAUCCUUCUGGUCAACCUCCUUAUUGCCGUCUUCAACAAUACAUUUUUUGAGGUCAAGUCGAUAUCCAACCAAGUAUGGAAAUUUCAGAGGUACCAGCUCAUCAUGACUUUCCACGAGAGGCCGGUUCUGCCCCCACCGCUCAUCAUCUUCAGUCACAUGACCAUGAUCUUCCAGCAUGUGUGCUGCCGGUGGAGGAAGCAUGAGAGUGACCAGGACGAAAGGGACUACGGCCUGAAACUCUUCAUAACUGACGAUGAGCUCAAGAAAGUACACGAUUUUGAAGAGCAGUGCAUAGAGGAAUAUUUCCGAGAGAAGGAUGAUCGCUUCAAUUCGUCCAACGAUGAGAGGAUACGUGUUACAUCAGAAAGGGUGGAGAACAUGUCCAUGAGGCUGGAGGAAGUUAAUGAGAGAGAACAUUCCAUGAAGGCUUCACUCCAGACCGUGGACAUCCGGCUAGCACAGCUAGAGGACCUCAUCGGGCGCAUGGCCACCGCCCUGGAGCGCCUGACUGGUCUGGAGCGGGCAGAGUCUAACAAAAUCCGCUCAAGGACCUCCUCAGACUGCACAGAUGCAGCCUACAUCGUCCGCCAGAGCAGCUUCAACAGCCAGGAAGGGAACACCUUCAAACUUCAAGAGAGUAUAGACCCUGCAGGUGAGGAGACCAUAUCCCCAACUUCUCCAACCUUAAUGCCCCGUAUGCGAAGCCAUUCUUUCUAUUCAGUCAAUGUGAAAGACAAAGGUGGGAUAGAAAAGUUGGAAAGCAUUUUCAAAGAAAGGUCCCUGAGCUUACACCGAGCUACUAGCUCCCACUCAGUAGCCAAAGAACCCAAAGCUCCUGCAGCCCCUGCAAACACCUUGGCCAUUGUUCCUGACUCCAGAAGACCAUCAUCUUGCAUAGACAUCUAUGUCUCUGCCAUGGACGAGCUCCACUGUGAUAUAGAGCCUCUGGAUAAUUCCAUGAACAUCCUUGGGCUGGGUGAGCCAAGCUUUUCAGCUCUAGCACCUUCCACAACCCCGUCAAGUAGUGCCUAUGCAACGCUCGCACCUACAGACCGACCUCCCAGUAGGAGCAUUGAUUUUGAAGACCUCACCUCCAUGGACACUAGAUCUUUUUCUUCAGACUAUACACACCUCCCAGAAUGCCAAAACCCCUGGGACACAGACCCUCCAACGUACCAUACCAUCGAGCGUUCCAAGAGUAGCCGCUACCUAGCCACCACGCCCUUUCUUCUGGAAGAGGCUCCCAUUGUAAAAUCCCAUAGCUUUAUGUUUUCUCCUUCAAGGAGCUACUACGCCAACUUUGGGGUGCCCGUGAAAACGGCAGAAUACACAAGUAUUACAGACUGUAUCGACACAAGAUGUGUCAAUGCCCCCCAAGCAAUAGCUGACCGAGCCACCUUCCCUGGAGGUCUCGGAGACAAAGUGGAAGAUUUAUCUUGUUGCCACCCUGAGCGAGAAGCAGAGCUGAGCCAUCCUAGCUCUGACAGUGAGGAAAAUGAGGCCAGAGGCCAGAGAGCUGCCAAUCCGAUAUCCUCUCAGGAGGCUGAAAAUGCAGACAGAACCCUAUCCAACAACAUCACAGUUCCCAAGAUAGAGCGCGCCAACAGCUACUCAGCAGAGGAGCCAAACGUGCCAUAUGCACAUACCAGAAAGAGCUUCUCCAUCAGUGACAAGCUUGAUAGACAGAGGAACACGGCGAGCCUCCGAAAUCCCUUCCAGAGAAGUAAGUCCUCCAAGCCGGAGGGCCGAGGGGACAGCCUAUCCAUGAGGAGACUGUCUAGAACAUCGGCCUUUCAUAGCUUUGAAAGCAAGCACAACUAAACCGGCUUACCGUGUGUUGCAGGAGGCUCGAGAAUCCAGCGCUAAAAUUCUCCCCAAUGCCCACCACCACGUUCCCCCUUCCUUGAGUUAGACCUGCUUUAUUCUUAGCUGAGCAAAACAAUGGGAGACAUUAACUCAAAGGUAACCUCUGGGCCACAGGUCAAGCAAGCAUUCCAUCUGGUCCAGUGCAAAACACAGGGGUCAAAGCAUGUUCCUAUCUGUUGGGCAGGGAGGGGUAAAGACAACAGACAGGGGCUAGAGAUGAAUGGGUGUCACCAGGCACCAGAGAAAGUCAUGAGCUCUGGGAGCCAAUGGGCUUCAGCACUCUCCAUGCCAACAGGCAUCAUGGGAUUUCGGCCCUGUUAUCAAGAGUCGAGGGCUAAAUUGCAAAAUGAAAUAAGAGUAGGCAGCGUACAAGAUGAGAUAUUCUAAACUUCCAUUCUGUUUUCUUUUCACAUUGGUUCCAUCACUGGUGACUGAUGAAGAACAUCCUUUUUAUUCAGUAUAAGCCGGCAGCAAGCAGUUCUACCUAACGUCCCACAUCCUUCUCAUGCCAACACCUCUGUAAUUGGUCAUUAUAAAGAAAACCAAGGUAACAGUCAUAUAUACAGUUCACCUGUCUCUUAUCUAUUCACCUCUGGUGCCACAACUGUUUAUCUCUUUAGAAGAAAAUAAGGGAACAGAAAAAAAAUGCCUUUUUUUUUGUCUUGCGAUCAAAAUGAAAGAAGAAUUGAUGUUGAAAGCAAAAGUCAUAUGAUUUAUAAUAUACCACGGGCAAUCAAAUAUAGUCAAGGAAGCUCAGGAUGAAUGUACUCAGAUACUUUUAUAUUUGUAAGUUAUUUUGUAUCUCACCUGUCAUCAAAGAAUUCACUCGUCAAAUGUGUAAUAUUGAACUUUAAGGAAAAGGUGGGAAGAUCUAACAUUAAGUUGCCAGUGGGAUGUUGUCACAGUCUCACCGUUCAUAGUGUGUGACGCUGCUGUGUGGGCCUUCAUCAUCUGCAUGUCUCCACUAUGUCCUCCAGACACCUCCAAGAUGUAACUGCCAAAUUUCCAUACCGCUCAUCAUGUGACCAUUUUGUAUUUGAACACAUGGUUAUAUGUGGAUAUUUUCAUACCUAGAGUUUUAGCCAUCUAAUCUGGGCUCAGCAUAAAUUUAAUCAGAGUUUUUCAAGGGCUGGUAUCUUUUUUAUGGAAAUGUUCCAAAGUACUUUUUAAGGAAGUUUAAAAACCAUAAAUAACCUUAGAUUUGAGUAGGGGCUUGAUAGCAACCCAAACCCAUCAGUUGCAGGUAGGCCAUGAAUAUGUUUCUUAUUUACAAAGCUAUAAAAAAGAUACAGUAGGGCUAAAAUAGAAAGCAAUUUUACCAUAUACAGAAUUCUAUAGUUUAUGCUGCUUACAUAUACAUCCACAUACAGACUCAUGUUUAUAUACAGUAUGUAUACAGACAGAGAUUUCUUAAAAGGCUUUGACUUUCUGUCAUCUGACGGUAUAACUAAGAUUAUUUUUUAGUGUCCAAGAAGUUUCUCUGGAAAAAGUUUAUUGUGCUAUUGGACCCACUGUUGAAAUUAUAAUUUUCAAAAGAAAAAAUAUCUCUGGUCUUCUUCACCUGUCUUUUCACUGAACAAGAACUGUCCAAAUGGUCUCCUCCCUCCCCCUCCCCCCCUCCCUCCCCCUCCCCCCCCCCCCCCAAUCUCCUUCUAUUUGGAAGCAUCCAUUGUCAUGAAAUCCCUUUUACUCUGGUUGUUCUGACACAAAGCUAUUACCACCAAAUACACUCUGAAUAGAUGAGUGCUUCUAAGCCAGUUUGUAUUACACCAUCUAGGAUGGAGGCAUAUGUUUCUAGAAUAGAACCUGGACUUGAAGUGGGAUAAAGAAAUCUUGACCACAAAUCUUUGGAUUCCUAUUUAGAUCACUGAACACAGAGUCUUUAAGAAAAAAAAUGAUUUGGGGCCAGGAAUAGUGGUAAUGUUCACUGUGUGUGAUUCUGGGCACUUGGGAAGAAGAGGAAGAAGAUGAGGAAUUGAGAGUCAAUCUCUGCUAUGUAGCAAGUUCAAGGCCAACCUGGACUAUAUGAGACCCUGUUGCAGAGAGAAGGGGAGAGAGAGAGAAAAAAGACAGAGAGAGAAAGAGAGACAGAGACAGAGAGAGACAGAGAGGGAGGGAGGGAGGGAGAGAGAGAGAGAGAGAGAGAGAGAGAGAGAACAUAAUUUAAUGUUCCUGGUCCCAGGUGUUCCUUAUUUUGUUUUUUUCAUUGCAGUUCUAAACAGCAAGGUGCAUAUCCCUUAGUGAAAUCAAGUCAGCACCCCACAAAACCUGUAGCCUUUAAAUGUUUUUUUUUUUUUAAGAAAAAAAUCUUUUCAGCAGAAGAGUGGCAAGCAUGUAUCCAUAAGGAAUCCUUUUUCAUCCUUGGUAUUUAGGCAACACCCAAGCUCUUCACUGAUAACUGCGCUAGAGACACUUACUUCCUAACUGGUGAUCUCCCUCCCAGCAGACAUGCUCUGAACCUGGAAAUAAAUCAUGUGUCUCUAAGCUUCCUAGAGCCAUGAGUCCCUGUGAGAACCCGAUAGAAACGCUGAACCCUCCCAUACCUCAAACUCACAUCCACAUGAAGCCUCACGAUAGCGUUGAGGGGUUCGUGACUGGUGAUGAUUAAAGAGACUACACUCAUUCUUCAUCAAUCACACUGCAACAGGCACUAUACACUUCCAGACCAUUUUCCUGUGAUUCUCAGGAGGGCUGAGUCUCAGCACCAGAGUUUGAACCAAGGUUUCAGCACUUCAACUCUUUAGAUUAGAUAUGACUAGCUAGAUGUCUUUAUGCCCUAACAUAUUCAUGAUUUUGAGUAGCAAGCAUUCUCCAAGGCAAAGACUCUCUGAGGGAGUCCAAGAUGAGUCCACAGAUGUCAGCUGUGACAAUAGAACAGGAUACCAAGCACUCUAGAGCCUGGUUUGGGGACUCCCUUGGAAGCAAGGGAGAGAAAGAACAAGCCUACAUGUCUCUGUUUGUUGUGAUCACCUGAGAGAACGAACAUGACCUGGGAAAGGAAACACUUUACAGUCCUGAGCUCUCAUUCUGCAUGAAAAUUAAGUGCUAACCUCUUUGGUGAAGUGUGUGAAGUCUAUAAGCCAAAUGUAAACAACUUCAGACACAAACUGUGUAGGUCUCACAAGCCAUGUCUUCCCUGUGCGUGUGUGUGUGUGUGUGUGUGUGUGUGUGUGUGUGUGUGUGUGUGUGUGUUAUUUUCAAUCCCACCUCCUUCCAUUUCUGGGUUCUCUGUGUACCAGUGUGGCAUUGAUUCUCUAGCCUUGUGCAGACAGCUUGUGUUCAGCUCAUUUGUUCCACCAUUCCCCUGAUGGAGGGGACCUUAAUUACCUGCCUCUGUGAAUUAAACAGCUUGUGAGUAGCCAGUCAUUGAAGACCAUACAUAAAUAAAGUCAUAGAGGGCUCAAGGAAGAGAUAGCUUGUUUAAUCAUCCCCUUCAUAGGUGCCAAUUUUUAUAUACUACGAUGUGUAAUGAUUUGUUCUAAAUUGCUUGCUUGUUCCUUUUGGGAAAGAAAUGAAGAAUGUUUUAUAAAAAUGGCCAUGAAGGUUUCCUGAUUAACCGCCAUAUUUUAUAUUUACAGUUAGAAACUGAUAGAUUUGAAUGAAGUGCUAGAAAGCAAGAGGAUAAUUGUCAUGGGCAGUUUGUGUGUGUGCAAGCCAAAAGGAGGGCAGUCAGAGUGUGGCACUUUAGAGGACUGGAUGUUUCUUUAAAGUUGAAGCUUCCAGGGCCAGUUACUAUUUAGCACUUUGAAAGUUCCCCCUUUAAAAUAUAUAUAAAUAUAUACAUAUACAAGAAUAAUGAAAUGGGGGGGUUGUACUUGUGAAAACACAAAAUGUGUUUCUUCUGAAUGUUACAAUUGUAUUUUAAAAUCUGGUUUCUAUAGAUAACAUUAUGGUAGAUCACUGGAUAGUACGUUUUUUUUUUCUUUUUUUUCUGCAGCUGUACAGUCUAAUCUUCCUGGAUGUUUGGGCUGUUUGAUUUCUUUAAAGAUAAUAAGCAUUAUCCAGUUAUCCAUCAUGCUAUAUCUAUAGGCUAUGCCAUGUGACAUAUUGGGCAAUGCUGUAUUAUUAAAAAAAAAAAAAAAAAAAAAAAAAAAAAAACACAUGUAAACCUAUUUGUAACCUGUGUUUAACCAGCAUAGUUGUAGCAUGUGGUUGUAUUAAUGAACGUUACAGGACAGCUUUAUAAUCAUUUAUAAAUCUGUAACAUUCAAUAAAGAAGCACAUGUGGCAAGGAUUAAUUAUGCUCCCAUUUUCCAUGUUUUUAGCAGCCUCUAGUAAUGGGCAUUUUUGUUCCUGAUCUCUCUUACACUCUUCACAUCUCUCAGACCCCCGUGAGAUACUUAUAUAAGCUGAUGGUGCCUCCGCCACCAGGUCCCACAAGCUGGGAGAGGCAAGGUGUGGUUUUGUGUCUGACAAGCUGGCAUGCUAUGCAAAAGACUACCUAGCAAAUGAACUGAAAGAGUUUAAACUCCAGUUGAAUUAGCUGCCUGUUUACGUCUACUGACCCCAUAAGGAAGCAGUGUGCAGUGUUUUAUAAAUCCAUUCAAUCAGUAGCACUGUCUGUUAUAGAUAAAGUGUUGGUGUUGUUUGGGUGGCUGUAUAUUUGGCCUAGAUGUUGCAUCCAACUUGCUAAUCUUUACCAUAACGAUGUGGCUCGACUGAAGUAAUCCCUCUCCAAACCCAGUCCUAGUUUUGUGUCGGCACAAUGCACGCACGCUAUGCUUUAUAUGUGUCUCUUUGCCUUCGUAAGGCACUUAAGGUUUUACUCUGGUCUGCUGCAAUCCUUAAACCAGUUAUCGAGUCACUCGAACUGUUGGGCUUCUUAAACUGGGGACUACUUUCAGUUCUCACAAACUAAAAACAAGUCAUCAAGGGGUUCUUUUCUCUUUUUAUUUUUUUAAAGCUCUGAGCAAAUAAUAUGAAAUAAAGUAUCAACUACAAGUUGCAAUAGCUCGGGGACCCAGAGAUGACAAGGCAGCACCGCUCUGGAGUCCCAAGGUCUAGGUGUGGGGGCAACUGUAAUAUAGGAAAGACACAUCUUGGAUUCUUUAGGGCUUCCUGGGUGCAAAUUGCUAAAGCGGAGAUAAAAGUCAAGGUGCACGGCGACAGAGCAGAAAUGCACAGAUCAACUGUGAGCGAGCAGUCCCGUGGUAAUGCAUGAGACCUCCCUUCUUGUCCUGUGGCUUUCACACCCCGUGGGUGAGCCAGGCCCAGAGGUGGGAGUGGGGGUGAUCGUUUGAUGAAACACCAGGUGACUCUGAAGAGCUUGUUCUUUCAAGAAGUUGCCGCUCGGUUGUUAUAAGCCCUUCAACAUCUGGAAAGGAAUGGAUCCAAGUUGCCUAGUCAAAAACGCUCCCAAAAUGAGCAGGGAAACCGUUUCUCAGCAUCAGCUUUGCCCUAUAUCUACCAGUCCAGCAUCCUGUCUCUCAGGAGAGAGUCCAUAAGAAAGGGGUCUGGCUCUAACUAAAGAACAACUUCUUCUUUUCUUUUUCUAAUUAAUUUCACCGAGUGUCGAUGGCGCCCUUUGCCCUUGUGACCUCCUUACAUUGGUCAUCCCUAGUAAAAUCAAGAUCUACUGAUUGCUCUGUGUCAUCUAAGAGGGGAUAGAGGUGACCACAUCCUCUGGAUUCAUCAAGAGAUGAUGAUAAUUCCUUUCCUAAUUUUCCUGGAAAAACUGGCCAACUUCUGCUGGCAGCACACGAUCCCUGCAUCAUGGUGUUGGAAACUUGACCAACUCGGAGGGGCAUCAGUGCCGGCCAUGACUCUAAUCCCCAGGGGAGGCAGAUUGCUAAAGAAUGUGAGACACAGGAUGAGAUCAGUCUUGGGCCUGAGGGCACGGGAUUUUUUUUUUUUUUUGGUCUCCCUUCUUCCUGUUUUUUAUUAGUUCAAAGCCAUCUCUUUCUCCCCAGUAUGAGUGUGAGACUAACAGACUCACCCAUUACCUCACAUCCCUGUGGAUCCCAACACAGUAAUGCUAAACAUCAACUACAUGGAAGAAGCCAGAUGUUCUGACCCAGUUCUGGUUGUCCAUCUGACUUCUCCUGCACCCAAGUUCUUAAUGUGGCUGGUGUGGCACAUGUCACAUGCAAUUCUGAACUGCCCGCCUGACUCCUGAAAGGCUCUCUCCACCUUCACCAGCUUCCCAUACAUGGUCAGAACCAGUUGCCUAACUCUCCAUGAAGGGAUUGCCAACUCAAUCCAAGACCCAGAUCUAGAAAGAAAUCAAGAGCAGGAUUUGUUAGGCGUGAGAGCAUACGCAUCUCACAGAAAGACUCAAAUUUGGGUUUCCAACUCCUAUGCUAGUCACACACAUGUGUCUGCCUGCAGUAUUCCCAACGGCCAUAUUUGGAGGCCUCUGAUUUGGAGCCAAGCAGGGUCUGAUUCAUGGUUUUUCACACAGUUAGCAAACACAUCAAAUACACUGGAGAAUUUCAAGUGGGGAGAAGCAGUUUGCCCUACUAGGGGUGACUCUUAGAUCACUUCCAUGUAUGUUGAUUAGCAUGUUUUUCUGGAUCCAAACACAGGACCAGUGUGAGGGAGAUUCAGAGGAAAGAUGUCGUAGCACUCGAAGACUUACCUGCUUCCUGUCACUGGAGCAUCUGACCUGAGUUCUUAUUGCUGCUACCGCUGUGUAAGACAGUCCGUGUAGUCAGUAAACAACUCCAUAGCCAUUUCAUAAUCUAGCACUUAGAUUCACACUGUAAAUGCUCUAACCAUAGUUUAUAAAGGGGGAAGUUAUUCAGAUAUCAUUUUUAAAUGAAUUCCUAUAAAUACAAUGAUUUUGAAAUUGGGUUUACUAACUAUAUAUACAUCUUUUCCUUCUUUCAUGUAUGGAUAGACAGAGGUUUGCAUAUCUACUGACACUAUGAAUAUAUAUAGAGAGAAGAACUGUUCUUUUUUAAAGGUCUCUUACUGGAUUCACAAUGCACUUUGAGCUUGUCUGUUUAGAUAUAUAAUUUGAAGCAGAAGUUGGCAGAUUCUACAGGCAACGAACUUUCUGGAAUUUCUGUAACAAAUGUUUUGCAAUAAAAAAAAAUACAAAUAGUUUAAAACAUGA